AUGGCGGCGCAGCUUUUGCUUGAAGCAAGCCAGCACGGCAUGAUGAUAGCACAUCCGGGUGGCGCUCUUGCUCACUCAAGUGGUGCUGUGUUUGCGAGCCGAUUUAAACACAGCAAGUGGGGAACAGAAACGUUGGCCAACCCAGCGGGUAACUCGUCAACCAGCUCUUGUAGGUGCAUAUCACCGAGGCGGGUGCAGUGUCUUAUCAAGUUGUUGACUACUACGAGAAGCACGCAAUGGAGAAGAGGAGGACGACGCUCGGAGGGUGGAGAUUUUGAGAGAGGGGACUCAGUGGAGCAAUUAAGUGCUAGAAAGUUUGGAAGACGGGCAGGUGAUGGUGGGGCGGAUGGGGCCCUACUGGCACCUCCGUCAUCCAAGUCUCCUCUUGAGAAGGCAGCUGCUUUGGCUUCUGGUUGGGUUGCUGACCUAUCAGCGUCGGUGGCUGAGUCCGUUCCACGCACGUUGGACCAGGCUAGGUUGAGGGUUUCAACCGAAGUGGCGUCCCUCCCUGAUCGCCUGCACCGAUCGCUACUACCUUCCAUCGCGUCCCUUCACUUCCAACGUCUCCCUGUCCUCCUCUUCUCCUCGUUCAUUUUCCUCCUCCUGCUGUACCGCACAAUCAACUGCAUGUUCCUCGCAGCUUCCUCUGCUGUGCGUCAUUUCCUCGCACCACGUCAUGCUGCAACUCCUGAAUCGUGCUUGGAGCAGGAGGAGAAAAAGGCUGAGCUCAUGGCCCGAAAGCUUCGGCAAAACCUGAAGAAGAAGAACCAGAGUGGAGUCGGUAAUGCUGGUCAUGCUACUGCUAUUUCUACGGCAGCUGGCAUUGCAGCUGCUGGCAGUGUGGACGACGGUAAUGGUGGUGGUGGAGUCAGUGAGAUUGGGGACGACGUUCAUCAGAGUAUUCUGGCACUUCAUAUGGGUCAAUCGGGCCCAGAAGCAGGGUCAGGUGGUGGAUCCGUGACUCAUUCGUCUUCGCACAAGGCAACACAGGACCAGAUGAAUGCAACAAAACGUGCUGGGAGGGCAAGGGGAGCUGGCUCAUAUCGACUUGGCAGAAACCGAAUUCCAAUAGCAGCAAGUGAGGAGGAGGGAAGCAGGAUGGUGUAUGAUGGCUUCUAUGGCAUGAGUUACAAUGGGUUGACUGAUGGAAUGACAUUGGAAAGGGAUGGAGUGAGUGGCAUGGUGGGUGGAAUGGGCAUGUAA